UGAUAAAAUUACUGUUGCACGGCCGAAACAUUUUGCAACCCUUAAACCCUAAAACGAAGAUCCUCUUUCCAAACAUUAUGCACCCUUAAACCCUCAUGUCUAUCCUCAUUCGUGUUACUCGCCAAAAUCCCUCCACCGCUACCCUCCUCACGCGCCACCUCUCAUCCGCAGCCUCCAAACUCCACUCUUCAUACACUUUCAAACCACCGUCGUCUCUCACUCCCGAGCCGGAAUGCCCCAAUUCCCCUCCCACCAAGCCCAACCAAAAGAAACCCAAGCCCAAGUACCGGCCUCCCUCCUCCCUCGACCCGGCCGGCCGCAAGCCGGUUCGUUCCAAUGAUCUGCCAUUUGAUUUCCGGUUUAGCUACACGGAGAGCAGCCCAAAGGUGCGACCCAUCGGGCUCAGGGAGCCCAAGUAUUCUCCCUUUGGGCCGGGCCGGCUCGACCGGAAGUGGACCGGUGUGUGUGCGCCAGCCGUGGACCCCACUGUGGAGAGCUUAGAGGCUGCGGAGGACCCUAAGUUGGAGGAACAGAGGAAGAAGAAGAGAGAGAUGAUUCAAGGGAAGCCCCUCACCACUGAUGAGAGAAAGGCAUUGGUAUCGCAAUUUGAGAAAAGCAAAACUAAUAGGCAUGUCAAUCUCGGAAGGGAUGGUUUAACUCACAACAUGCUGAAUGUUAUUCAUAAUCAUUGGAAAUUUGCUGAAGCAGUUAGAAUUAAAUGCAUGGGUGUUCCAACUAUGGACAUGAAAAAUAUUUGUACCCAGCUUGAGGAUAAAACGUUUGGGAAGGUCAUCUUCAGACAUGGAGGUACACUUAUAUUAUACAGAGGCAGGAAUUAUAAUCCGAAAAAGAGAUCUAUUGUUCCUCUCAUGUUGUGGAAGCCCCAUGAACCUGUAUAUCCCAGACUGAUUAAGACAACAAUCGAUGGCUUAAGUAUUGAGGAAACGAAAAAAAUACGGAAGAGGGGACUAGCUGUUCCUGCUUUAACUAAGCUUGCCAAAAAUGGUUAUUAUGCUUUUUUGGUACCCAUGGUCAGAGAUGCUUUCCUCUCGUGUGAAUUGGUUCGGAUAGACUGUGAGGGGCUUGAAAGGAAAGAUUACAAGAAAAUAGGCUGCAAACUCAGGGACAUGGUCCCCUGUAUUCUGGUGACUUUUGAGAAUGAACAAGUUGUGGUUUGGAGGGGGAAGGAUUAUAAGCCUCCCAAGGAUGGACACUUUCUUAAAGAUAGAGAAUCAUUUGAAGACGGCAAUGACGACUUAAAUGUGGCACAAGAGCAACAGGCUAUUUAGCACUAUAAUCAGAACUUGACGAUGGUGUGGUAAGGUGCAUACUCGAUCUGAAUCAGCAGGGCACAUACAGAUGGUGCAGAACUGCAGAUAUUUUGGGGUUGGAAUUUUUCAUAUUCCUAUGAUCUGCAAUGGUGUACACAGCUGUUCUAUUUGGAGUCAGAAUGGAAGUGCUUAUCAAGAAUUUUUUACCAUUGUUUGUCACAAAUAUAUAACAGUCAAGUAGUAUUGAAUUCUUGUUUUGCUAUAAUAGAAGUGGAGUACAAAGGCCUUCUGCAUGAUAUUUAGCUACAAGUAUCCAAGCAGCAUAUACUUCCAUAAGUUCCAUUCAUUAUGCAAUAUAAUUAUUGCAUGUGUUUUCAAUUA